CGGCCGCCAUGAUUCUUGUUUGCUUUCAGUGAGAAACAGCGGAUACAAAGUGGAGCAGAAACAAAGGAAACGCGCAGUCGGCUUCGUCAAUUGGUAUGGUCUUACAGUAUUACAGGGAUGCCCAAGGAAAAAUAUGAUCCGCCGGACCCAAGGCGGAUGUACACUAUAAUGUCAAGCGAAGAGGCAGCUAGUGGGAAGAAGUCAUACUGGGCCGAACUGGAGAUCAGUGGCAAAGUGAGGAGCCUGAGCACAGCGUUGUGGUCUCUUACCCAUCUGACUGCUUUGCACAUCAGUGACAACUCCCUCUCACGCAUCCCUCCGGACAUUGCCAAACUACACAACCUGGUGUACUUGGACCUCUCGUCCAAUAAGAUCAGGAGCUUGCCUGCCGAGCUUGGCAACAUGGUAUCUCUCAGGGAACUGCUUUUAAAUAACAACCAGUUGCGAGUCCUGCCUUUUGAGCUUGGAAAAUUGUUUCAGUUACAAACCUUGGGUUUAAAAGGAAACCCACUUGCACAAGACAUCAUGAACCUCUACCAGGAACCCGAUGGGACGCGCCGGCUCCUGAACUACCUGCUGGACAAUCUUGCAGGCACCAAGCGCGUCUCCACAGAACAGCCCCCUCCUCGCUCAUGGGUACAUCUUAAGGAGCCUGACAGGACACGACCAGCAGCAUUGUUCUCUGUGAUGUGCUACAACGUACUGUGCGAUAAGUACGCCACACGCCAGCUCUACGGUUACUGCCCUUCCUGGGCUCUCAACUGGGAGUACAGGAAAAAGUCCAUCAUGCAGGAGAUCCUCAGCUGCAGUGCAGAUAUCAUCAGCCUACAGGAAGUGGAGACAGAGCAGUACUACAACUUUUUCCUUUUGGAGCUCAAAGAGCAUGGAUACGAGGGUUUCUUCAGCCCCAAGUCUCGUGCCAGGACCAUGUCAGAGUCUGACCGCAAACACGUAGAUGGCUGUGCCAUCUUCUAUAAGACAGAGAAGUUCAGCCUUGUGCAGAAACACACAGUGGAAUUUAACCAGCUGGCCAUGGCUAACUCGGAGGGCUCCGAGGUCAUGUUGAACAGGGUGAUGACCAAGGACAACAUCGGGGUCGCAGUGCUCCUGGAGCUGCGCAAGGAGAUGAUUGAGCAAUCUGGGAAGCAUUUGGCAAGUAUGGAGAAGCAGCUGCUGUUGAUGGCUAAUGCUCACAUGCACUGGGACCCGGAGUACUCGGAUGUAAAGCUCGUCCAGACCAUGAUGUUCCUAUCAGAAGUGAAAAACAUUGUGGACAAGGCCACGCGCAGCCUCAAGCUCUCCUCUGUGUCUGGGGAGACCAAUGCCAUCCCUCUUGUCCUGUGCGCUGACCUCAACUCGCUGCCUGACUCGGGUGUGGUGGAAUACCUGAGCACAGGUGGUGUGGACAGCACGCAUAAGGACUUCAAAGAUCUGCGCUAUAUUGACUGCCUGACCAACUUUAACUGUAACGGCAAGAACGGCACAUCCAGCAGCAGGAUCACGCACGGCUUCAAGCUAAAGAGUGCCUACGAGAACGGCCUGAUGCCUUAUACCAACUACACCUUUGACUUCAAGGGCGUGAUCGAUUACAUCUUCUACUCUCAGCCUCUGCUGAACGUGCUGGGUGUGCUCGGCCCGCUGGACCCCCAUUGGCUCCAUGAUAACAAUAUCACUGGUUGCCCGCAUCCCCACAUCCCCUCUGAUCACUUCUCACUGUUUGCACAACUGGAGCUGCUCCUGCCCUUCUCGUCUUUGGUCAACGGUCUCCACGUGCCUGGUUGCAGGUAGUUCUCCAAGCUCACGAGGCAGCCCCCGGCCCCGCCUUGCGCCCGACCUACUGCAGGGAGCGAGAGAGCGAGGGAUGCCAAGAGGCAGAGCUUGUUGUGUACAAAUCUCAGUCCCGUAGGAGGAGUUGGGGUAUGGCUAAACUUUUAUUACCGAUGGAUUUUAACUGACGCAGACGUUUGUCAGUCUUAUCUGUACCACCCCUGUUUCUUUUUGUUGUUUAUUUGGUUCUCUUUUUCUGGGCACAAGUACAAUGUUAACUACUUUUUCCACACUGUAUCCCAAACCCAGAUGGUUCCGAGUAUACCUUGUAUAUUUUACCUGAAGACAAUGAUCGACGCUUUUAUAUAUAAAAUAUGGCAAUACCUUUUCAGACACAAGCAGGGAGUCCAGACCAAGCGAGUUCAUCAGACUUUUCUAUUUUGGUCCACGCUAAUUUUUUUCUGAGGCCAGUUCCGAGUGAGCAGCUAAAUUUAAUAGGAAUCGUUGAUCACACCAGCUUUAGAGCAACGAUCAUUUAGUCCAUUCUACCAUAAACGCCCUUGUUAGCUAAAGGGCUUUUUAAAUGUGUGCAGAGAAUGAGCGCAGGUCACUCUCUCGCUUGUGCAUUCACCAUGGUGCUGAGGCAUCUUCCGGUGCAGGAGCCGAGCGCUGUAUUUAAUUUUGCCAGCCUCAGAGACUCCACACGCCACCGGAAUGCGUCCAUCUCGGUGCAAUUAGUUUAACGAAGAGCUGCACGAAGUCAGCCAUGCCCAGUGUUUUAACCCUAUUUAAAGUGAUGCGGAAUUUCACAGCCCGAGGCCUUGAUGUGUGCAGUGGUAUUGGAUAUUAGCAGGAGAAGGGAAACACGCCGUGUUUUGGCGUGUACGGGUUGGAUUUGGAACGCACUCAUUAUCGAAGCAGCUUAGGCUAGCUUCACUCUCUCUCUGACCAGUGCAUUGCUUUAUCUGACACAUGACCGUUUCUUUCAAUUCCGCAUGAUUGUAUUGAAACCACAAAUCCCUAACCUUUUGGUGUAUAUACAACUGAUUCAGAUUUGAACACACAGAUGAUUGUAUUGUAAAUGAAAGCAAAAUUUCUGUUUUUGAUGUAUUGAACAUGCAAAAUGACCAGCAUGUGGGCUAUACAAGAGCAAGAAACCAAUUUCCAUCUUUUUCUGUAUAAAUUUGCACUUGUUCAGGUUUUUAUUUUGUUGUUAUUUCCCCUGUCCUUCCAUGUUCCUUUUUUUAAUUUUUUUUUUAUUUUCCAGUUUCUUUCUUCCAUGCAACAUUGUGCCUCACUGCUCCUUUCUUGCAAACGCACUGCCACUACUCUCCUGGACACCUGGAUAGUCUCGAGCAUUUCCUGUGCUACAGGUUUUGUUUUUCGUAAAUAUAGCUGUUGUCUUUCACUGAUUGGCUAUUUUUUUGUAUGCUGUCCCCUCUCGCCCAUUUUUCCUUCAACUUAUUGUGCAAUGUCUGUAGAUUAAUCCCCCAUUCGCAAUUUACUGCCACUUCCUCCUGCUCAACUCAGGCGAUUUUUCUUAUUUUCCGGGGUUUUUUCCCCUCCCAGCUCGUGUCCAUUUCAAUCUUGACCUUCCCUCGUUACUACUAGACCACAUCUGUCUGCUCUCUUGUGUUGUGCCAUCUGAUGCAUUUUGCUGCAAAGCCAAGUGUAAAGCUCUUCUUCAGCUACUACCGUAAAAUGAAUAGGGUAGCGACGUCGUUCGUGCUGCGUCUGCUCUCGGCCAGAGCUGGGUGUACGAAGUGUGGUCCAGUUUCUAUUAACCAUCAACCCAUGAUUUAAUGUCACCAAUGUGCUCACAAGGCCAAUCUUUAUUUCGUAAUUUUUUUUCUUUUUUUUUUUGGUGGGGGGGGGUAAAUGUUUUCUUCCUUAAGUUUGUCAUGUUUUAAAAACUGAAUGGAUUGACAAGCACUUAUUAUGUAUCACUAGUGCAGCUACCCAUUCCCCCCCCCCCUUUUUUUAAAAAAUAUGU